AUGGAAUACGCACCAGGCGCAACGGAUGGUAUCGUAGUUGCUGGCGGUAAAGGACCCGGAGUUGGUAUUACUCAGUUGCAAUCGCCGACUGGUAUCUAUUUCGAUUCAAAAUCAAAUAGUCUUGUAAUCGCCAAUACUGGAGCUAACAAUAUUGUUCGUUGGGUUAUAGGAGCCGCUUCAUGGACACUUCUUGCUGGUGAUGUUACUGGAAUAGGCGGUUCUUCAUCAACAUUACUAGACAACCCUCUCGGUGUGACGUUCGAUUCCAUGGGAAAUAUACUACUCAUAAUGUCAAAUAAUCAAUAUGCAUUAGUUCAACAUUGUAUUGAUACUAAAGAAUUUGUAACAAUAAAACUUUAUAAUCGUUAUUUAUUAUUUCAUCAAAAUCUAAUUAAACCAUCAAAUAAUCAUCAAUUAGAUUUAAAAUUAUCAUCAACUAUUAUUCGAAAAAUCUUUGGUUUAAAUUCAAUAUCAAUUAAAGAUGCACAAAUAACAACUCAUGUUGAUUCAUCAUUUUAUGAUAUAAUUAUAUUUGCUGAUACAUCACUUGUUUAUACACGUAAACGAACAUUAUCAUAUGAUAAUGAUCAAGAUGAAGAUACUAAAAAAUUUAAAAUUCUUCCUUAUUAUGUACAUGAUGAUUUAGAAUUACUUAAAAAUAUUGGAAUGUCAAAUGAAGAUAUUGAUUUAUUUGUUAAAAAACUUAAUGCUAAUGAUAAUAUAGAUUUAUUUAAUUCGAAUAAAUAUGAUCAAAUUAUUCAACAAAUAAUUAAAUAUACUGAUAUACCUACAAGAUUAAAAUGUCGACAAGUUUCACAUAAAUGGAAAAAUUUUGUUGAUAGUUCAACUGCGUGGAAUCAUGUUAAAUUAUCAAAACUUUGGCGAUAUGUUGAUCGAGCUUUGAAUUAUUUUCAAAAUAUUGAUAUACGAGAAUUGGUAUGUUAUGUAUUAAUUAAUUAGAAAAAAAUUUUACUAAAGGAAAAACAUCCACAGUAAUCCGAUACCCAUCGAACUCAAAGUUUCUACAUACGUGUGACUAAUAGAAGUUCAAAUGGAUUCGCAUAAUUACUCUUUAUCCUUCCGGAGUUACGAUUCUUUGACUGAAAAAUUCGACCUUAGGCAAGCUAUUCAAGGAGUGUUAAAAUUCAAUUCUUCUACACACACUGAAAAAAAAAAUCCUCGGAAUUUAAACUAGAAUAAAUGUUAUUAUCUAUUCUUUUCAGUUCGAUUAUUUCAAAAAUAUCUCAGGGUGUAGAUGUGGUGUUAAUAGUUACUGUCAUCAUAACCGAAAAAAUACAAGUAUCAGUGAAAUAAAUAUUUCUUUUUUUUUAUGACUCACAUCUACUUUUCUGGUGAUGACUUUUAAGUAUGCAUGCAAGUAAAUUAUUGGUUUCUGUUAUUUGUCAUAGAUUAUGUUUGUCAAAAAUCGGAGAUUUAAUAAAAGUUGGUGAUAAUUUGAGAUUUGCUAUGGCCUCAAGUUGCCUGAUCAAAGAUCGAAUAGAUCAGAUUUGAUUGAAAAUUUCAUCCAUAAGUAUAUCUUACCAUUAUUAGAUUUUUUUAAAAAAAGUUUAUGUUAAAAGACGAAAUUCCUUCUUGAGAUGUUCAAUGAUGAACAAAGGACAUAUCCGGGGAUGACUAUUUUUUUACUCUAAUCUAUCUGAGAGAUGUCUGCAAACCACAAAAAGUAUUUUUCAUCACUUACAAUGGAGGUGUUUGUAUCGUAAGUUGAAAAGACCAGAUAUUUUUGCAUCAAAAGAAAGCUCUCACCGCCAAACUAACAAGGUUAAAAUAUUAGCUGCUGUUAG